UUUGAUGGCCGCCAGCAGAUUGGCUUUCUCCUCUUUUCUCUCUCUGAUAUAAAAGGAGACGUGCGACACUACAAACCGAAAAGUCCAUAUAAAUUCUCCAUCGUCGAAUCUAUUGGUUUCCCCUGCAAACGCCGCACAUUAUCUCACCUUCCAACCUCUUCGAUUUCCUUUACAGCAACCAGUUUUCUCUAUCUGCAAUGGCGGAAUCAAAGAGCAAAUUUGAGGCUGUAAGGGAAUGGGUCUCAGAACACAAGCUUAGAACUGUUGGGUGCUUAUGGCUUAGCGGUAUUGCGGGCUCAAUUGCAUAUAAUUGGUCUCAACCCGGCAUGAAAACUAGCGUCAGGAUCAUUCAUGCUAGGCUGCAUGCCCAAGCCCUUACACUGGCUGCACUUGCCGGUGCCGCAGCCGUCGAAUAUUUUGAACACAAAACUGUGGGGCAGACUGAUCGCUAUGCUAAGUUCUUACCAGUUGAUACCUACUCACACAAGGACUAAAGCAAAUUCUCCCAGUUGUUACCUACUCACAUAAAGACUAAGCAAAUCUUCGUACAACAUACAAGGGAACCAAUGGAAGUGAAAUAAAAAUUUUCUAGCAGGCAUCUGUCUGUCUUUCUUUGGCCCUCUUUUUUGGGCGCUAUAUUAUCAAUUCAUUGUGUUAUUUAAAGUCAAUACCAGAAAUUUACAGGAGAGCAUACAAUUUUAGUCAGUUCAAACUUACCAAUUCAUUGUGUUA